UUCGAGGUUAUGUUCCGUGACUUGACUCGGUCGACGCGCGGUCGGCGUGAUACAGUGAUAAACUUGGAUAAACUUUAGAAAAUUGAGACUUUAAUAGGGUGAUACUGCGUGAUAUUUAUUGAUGAGUAAAGACGGAGGCUCGACGGCAACACCCGCAACAGCAGCAGCAGCAGACGACAAUCAAGAAGCAAAUAUGACGGUCGACAGUGUGACCGGAGAUUCUGAAACGAGCGAAACCGCCGAACAGGCAAUUCUCUUCGAGGAGAUUAUCGCCUGCGUGGCAAAUUCCAAAGCGAUAUUCAAGAGCCAGCAGAAGGAUGACCCGGACCUGACAGUCGAGGAAAAGGCGAGCAUCGCCAGCGACCUGCUGCGCAAAAAUCGCUCCAUGUUCCUCUCCAGGUUCGGCAGGUUCCUGCACAGCGAACACCUGCGGUACUUCAGCGAGCCUCUUUAUCGGCCGGACUACGAAGUCAUAUUCCACGUGAAUAGGCUGCGCCGCUUUCACAACCGCUCGCAGAGGCGAGUCGACGUGAAAAACCGCAGGUAUCAAGCCCUAAAGUCGCUGAUCGACAAGGGCGAGUAUUUCAGCGAGACGGAGAUGAUGCGAAGGAAUCCCCUGCUCUACGAACACCUAAUAGGCCAGUAUUUGACGGAAGAGCAGAAGAAGGCCAGAGACAACAUAGACACCCAGAAUAUCACGUUCGUCAAUCUUCUUCUCGAAAGCAUUCAGCGGGAUGGGACCAGGAACUUGAAGAAGGAGCAGCAGGAAGCCGAGGACGAUGUCAUGGAAGAGAAUGACUCGGACGAUGACUUCGAGGGUGCCGAUGACCGCGAGGAUGACGCUGAAAUUAGGGGAGACUCCCGGUGGGGCGAGAUGCCCGGGCAGUCGUCAAACGCAUACGAAAAUGAGACCAAGGAAAAGAAAACUGAGUGUUUUUGGCGUGAAAUUUCGACCAAGGAGCGGCAAGUUCUUAGAGAGGAAUUCAUUACCAAUAUGUAUCACAGUUUUUUGAAUGGAAGGGACAAGGACUUCGACUACAGCGCCGUCGACGACAACGAGUCGUAUGAUAACGUAGAUCUGAGGACCCAGGAUGAGGAGGAAAAGUAUUUCGACUCGGAAUCGCCAGAGACAAUUGAAGAGGGCAGAAUGGAAGAGGAAGAGUCCAGUGAGGACGAGCUGGAUAAAUAUAUGAAAUCGUUGCAGGAAACGCCCACUCCGAACGAGCUCGCCGACAAAGUUGAGAAGCAAACGCUACAUUGAACGGCUUCAGCGUAUUUCCUUUAUUCAUGAGUUUGUAAAUAUGUAUCCGCUUUUUUUAAUUAAAUUCAUUUUCUUUAUCUCUU